GUUGCCUCUUCCGCCCGUCUGCCGUUGCCCGUUGCCCGUUGCCCGUUGCCCAUCGCCUUCUCUCAUGGUUUGUUGCCGGAGAUUGGCCCUUCCUAGUGUCCUGGCGUGGCCAGUAGCACAUGCGUACGUUCAACUUGGCUUGCAUGCCGUCGCACGCCCUGAUGUGUUGACGACAUCACGAGUAAAGCCGCAACAACGGCGGUCCCUGUAUAUGUCACAGGGGGAGUCAUGUAGCAAUCGCAGAGUUGGCGGCCGCUCGAGGGCACCGCUGGGUGCCGGCUCGACAAGUCGAGAACAGUUCCUCGGGGGGCUUCUGGCCUCCUCUGCCGCCUUGCUUGCGUGCACAGCAGCGGCUAACGCAGCAGAGCAGAAGGCAGAGGUCAGCAAUGCUCCCGCCGUAGCAGGGCAAUUGGAAUAUCAGCAACCCCAACCAACCGCCGUGGUCCCCGAAUCGGAGUCGGCAGCUUCAAGCGCCAUCUCGGGUCUGGUGGCCGGAGCUGCUGUUUCCACCUCCAAGCAGCUCUUGCUCUACCCGGUUGACACCGUCAAGACUCGGCUGCAGCUACCGCAAGAUGGUUCACCUCCUGAGCUUUUCCGCGGAUUGUACGAUGGUGUCUUACCCCCCUUGCUAGCAGGCCUUCCCUCAGGCGCGCUAUUUUUCUCGGCGAAGGACGCUUUUAGCACGGCGAUCAGCAACGUAUCGGGGGGACAGUACGCAGAACUUACGACUAUCGCGGCAGUGGGCCUAGCGCAGUUUCCGUACUGGGGCAUUCGCACUCCAGCGGAACUUCUCAAGAUUAGGUCCCAGGCUGGUUUGUCGAGCGGAAGCGGGGCUGGAUUCGAGGGGGCCAAGUCCAUCCUGGCCGACGAAGGCCUGAGAGGGUUGUACACGGGCUACUCCUCCAACAUCGCCUACGCCUUCCCGGCCGAUGCAAUCAAGUUCUUGGUUUACGGGGCCCUUAAACGAUCCGCGAAGAAGGCCAAAGGCGGUGCGAAGUUGAGCACUAUCGAGGCGGCCGUGCUGGGGUCCGGAGCAAGCCUUGCUGCGCAGGCCGUCACGACUCCUUUAGAUGUCGUCCGCACGAGGGUGAUGACAGCACCUUCGGACGACGAGGGCUACGAAGGGGGCGUUCUUGGCGCGCUCGGAACAAUUUCCCGUGAGGAAAGCUUUUCGGCGCUGUGGGCUGGCAUCAACCCUCGCAUGGCGCGAUCGGUGCUGAGCGGCGCGAUCCAGUUCGGAUCGUACGAGUUUGUGAAGGGGCUCUUCGGUGUGGAGCCUCGAAAGUUGUAG